AUGACACGGUGGCAUGGCAGCAAUGCUGUUCGAGAACCGCCGAUCGUGCGCACUGCUACAGGAUAUAAAGCACCAACGACGAAAGAUAUUCCGCCGGUGACACUGACCAACAUCGCCCAUCGAAUCGGACCAUUGUUUGAGACGUUUCAGCGCGGAAGAGCGGAUGCCGAGCAGGCUUCGACAGACGGAGGAGAUCGUGGAUCAACGGCAGCAGAACCUGGACGUGGUCGAGACCUGUCCAUGUCUCCUGCUGCUCGUAGGCCAUCUUCACUCUCAAAAACAAUGUCUCCUGCUGGUCGGCCAUCGCAACCGGCUCGGCGGGGAUCUGGACAAUCGAGACGAAAUCGGAACGAACCGACACCUUUGUCGACGAUCCCUGGAGUCUACUUCGACGAAGCCUUUCGUCUGGAGAACCCGCAACGCGCUGAGAUCGUCCGGCCGCUGAGCCAUGCGGAGCAAAACCCAGCAAACGGUUCAGCUCAGGCGCCUCGCAAGGCGCUUGCGACGAAUGCGAUACUCCAAGAGAAGCUGAGUUGGUACAUGGACACCGUGGAAGUGCAUCUGAUCAAUAGCAUAAGCACGGCUAGCAGUGGGUUUUUCGCAGCCUUGGGCUCACUGAAAGGACUACAGACAGAAGCCGAGCAGAGCAUAGCCAAAAUACAGCGCCUACGAGAUGAUCUGCAUCGGCUCGAUCAAGACGUGGCGAUUUCCGGCCUUGAAAUUGUGACCAAGAAGCGCAGACGCGAGAAUGUGCGAAGGCUAGGCAAAGCUGCCGCACAGGUACAGCGCGUUGUAGACAACGUGCGAACAGCGGAUGAGCUAGUCGAGUGCGAGCGGUAUGAUGACGCUGCAGAUCAGAUGGAUCGUGUUGGGAGACUUGUGCGUGGAAAGGUGGAACCAGGAGCGCCAUCGGAAGAUCUUAUAGAUCUGCGGCAGUUGAAAGCGUUGCAAGGCCUGGAGUCCGGAUUGCAAGAACUUCAAUUGCGCAUAGGGUCGGGUUUCUCCAGCCGUUUUACGAAGACGCUACUGUCGGACAUUCGUCAACAUGUCGAGAAAGUCCCGUCGACGGAGACCUUGAAACGGCUUUCGCGCCAACGAGGCAUUCCUCCAACCUACAUGGAAUCGAACGAAGACUUCCGCAAAGAACUGUUGAAUGCUCUCAAUGGACUUGCCAGAGCGGGUCAUACCGCUCCAGCUACUGCAGCGUAUCGUGAAGCUGUGAACCGGGAGAUGAAAUCUUUGAUUCGCAAGCACAUGCCGAGUAGCAAUGACGACGAUGCUGAUAGCAUGGUUUCGAUAUCGACUCGGGGCGGCCGACAACUAACACAGCAAGAUAAAAGCAGUAUACUAGCCCGAAACCUGCGCGCCUUGGACCCCGAGGAUGCGGAAGAUCUUCUUGCCAAGGUGUAUUGCUCCAUAUCGGAAGCUUUGCGUCGGGUGUCUACUCAAACAAAGAUCCUGCUAGAUGUCACCAGCAGCGUUAACGAGUCCGAGCCUCGAUCGCCACCGAGGAUCAACAGUCUAGCUUCCGUAGACAGUAAAGGGAUGAAUGGAUCUCCGAAAGCAGCAGUACGGCCGAGCGUGCAGGAGGAUCUAUCACAGGCAUUGGACAUGUCGAGCCUGCUAGGUCAAGCCGUGGAUACCGCACAAUUACAGAUUACUCGUGUCCUGAAAGUUCGCAACGAGCAGAUUAUUCGUCUGUCAAGAGAUUCGUUCCUCCGCUAUUUCACUUUAAAUCGCCUAUUUGCGGAUGAAUGCGAGGCGGUCAGUGGUCGUGGAGGUAGCCAAUUGAAGACGAUCAUCAAUGCGCAAAUCUCUGGCUUCGUCCAGGUACUCGGCACGACUGAAACGGAGCGCAUUGCCAAUCUUUUACACGCUGAUACAUGGAACGCCGAGGACUUCAGCGAGACAGACAAUGUAUACUUACAGCGUAUUCUCGUAUCGAUGAGCACAGAUCCGCCAGAGUGGACAACAGGUUUGACGCCGAUCUGGGAGUCCGUGAAACCGUCUACAGCAAAUGAUACGGAAGCUGCGAAGAACAACGCGCUUGAGGCACAAACAACUAACGGAACGACACCAGCGGCGAAAUCGCAAGUGAAAGCAGCGUACAUCGAUGACAAUCGCUACAUUCUGGUAUCAUCUGCUGCCUCGCUGCUUAGCACAGUCGAUAUGUUCCUCUCACUGACAGCCACAUUCCCAACCAUAACACCUCAGAUUGCGACAUGUUUACUGGAAGUGCUCCGCAUGUUCAAUUCGCGGUCCUGUCAAUUGAUCUUGGGUGCCGGCGCUAGAGCAGAAGGAGGCCUGAAGACCAUCACUACCAAGCACCUCGCUUUGGCGAGUCAGGCCCUCAGUUUCGUCAUUGCUUUGAUUCCAUAUAUGCGCGAAUGUGUGCGCCGUCACACUCCCGGAGGACAAGCAGCAGCGCUCACUGAUUUUGACAAGACCAAGCGCUUGUACCAGGAUCACCAGACUGAGAUUCACGACAAACUUGUGGAAAUCAUGACCUCGCGGUCGCAGACUCACGCCCGCGCUAUGCGAGCUAUCAACUACGAUGCGAUUGAUACGACGGAGGAGAAGGCCUCGCCAUACAUGGAGACCCUCACGAAAGAGACUCUUACCCUACAGCGCGUAUUGGGCAGGCAUUUGAGCGAGAUGUACGUUGGUCUCAUCAUGCAACAGAUCUUCCAGAGCUACAAGGAGCAGUGGACGAAGACCUUCUCUGAAGCAGACGUGAAAACGCCCGAGGGUCAGAAGCGACUACUGCGGGAUGCUAAUGCCCUCGAUGCGCGCUUGGGCAAAGAUAUUGUGGCGAUAGUCAAGGCUAAGAUGACGGAUGCGCCGAAGCCAAACGAAGGUCAGGCUGAGACAGCAGGCACGACAACAGAGAGCACAGUCGCCGAAGCUGGGUGA